AGCGGGAGGGAGAGAGAAAGAGAGAGAGAGAGAGAAACAUCUCCCAUCUGUGUGUUUAUUCUCUUUACAGUGUAAGAAAGGCAGGCAACAGAGAAACAGACCUGUAUGAUGAGCACAAGAGGGAUUUUUACAGAUGGGAUGGGGUCCCUGCAGGAGAUGCCAACCCUGUGACUUCCUUUUCUAAUGAUCCUCUCUGAUCUUUGACGUCCCUGCUCAGAGCACGCUUUCCCACCUGAGGAGUCUGUUCCCAGAGUUUCUCUCCCCUUGCAGACGGACGGAGUCAACUGGAGAAGAUGUCAGAGCUAAGCUCCAAAAAACAAGGAUUUAAAAAAUGCCGGAGUGCCACUUUCAGCAUUGAUGGCUUCAGUUUCACUAUUGUGGCGAAUGAAACGGGAGAGAGCAGCUCGAGACCUCUGGCACGCUUCGCACGUUCCAAGUCACAGAAUGCUUUGUGGAACGCCAUCACAGCAGGCAUCGGGAUCAAGGACAAGGACAAGCGGGGUAUUCUGAUUGACCCUCGGAGUCCGGAGGAGAUUUUAGCUGAUGACCUGCCCUCUGUCGACAGUCCUGAUGCCAUGGAGAAGACCGCCAUCAGGCUGAGAUGUUUGGUGAAACAGUUGGAGAGAGGUGAGGCUUCUGUUGUGGACCUGAAGAAAAACCUAGAAUAUGCUGCAUCCGUUUUGGAGUCUGUCUAUAUUGAAGAGACGAGGCGGUUGGUGGAUACAGAAGAUGAGCUCAGUGACAUCCAGUCCGACUCGGUUCCCUCAGAAGUGCGUGAUUGGUUGGCAUCAACUUUCACACGUCAGAUGGGGCUGAUGUUAAGACGGUCGGAGGAGAAGCCACGAUUUCGCAGCAUUGUGCACGCAGUGCAAGCUGGGAUAUUUGUAGAAAGGAUGUACCGACGGACCUCCAACAUGGUGGGGCUGAGCUAUCCGCCCAGCGUGAUCACGGCCUUGAAGCAUGUGGACACAUGGUCGUUUGACGUCUUCACACUGAAUGAUUCCAGUGGAGAUCAUGCACUGAAAUUUAUUUUUUAUGAACUUCUGACCAGAUAUGACUUAAUCAAUCGCUUUAAGAUCCCUGUUUCUGCUCUGGUGUCUUUUGUGGAGGCCUUGGAGGUGGGCUACAGCAAACACAGAAACCCGUACCAUAACCUAAUCCACGCCGCCGACGUCACCCAGACAGUGCAUUACCUUCUGCUCAAGACCGGCAUGGUUAAUUGGUUAACUGAGUUAGAGAUCUUCGCUAUGCUGUUUGCCGCGGCUGUGCACGAUUACGAACACACUGGCACUACCAACAACUUCCAUAUACAGACCAGAUCCGACACAGCGAUUCUAUACAACGACCGUGCCGUGCAGGAAAACCACCACGUGAGCGCUGCAUAUCGCCUCCUGCAGGAAGACGAUGAAAUGAACAUCCUCUACAAUUUGUCGAAAGAUGACUGGAGAGAAUUGCGGGCCCUGGUGGUCGAGAUGGUCCUGGCCACCGACAUGUCCUGUCACUUCCAGCAGAUUAAAGCCAUGAAGAACUUCCUCCAGCAGCCAGAAGCGAUUGAUAAACCCAAGGCCUUAUCCCUGUUACUGCACACCGCUGACAUCAGCCACCCUGCCAAAAACUGGAACAUGCACCACCGCUGGACCACCUCGCUGCUGGAGGAGUUCUUCAGACAGGGUGAUAAGGAGGCAGAGCUUGGACUUUCUUUCUCUCCUUUAUGUGACCGCAAGUCUACCAUGGUGGCCCAGUCUCAGAUCGGUUUCAUUGAUUUCAUCGUGGAGCCGACCUUCACUGUACUGACAGACAUGAUUGAGAAAAUCGUGACUCCGCUGAUCGAAGAGGCCUCACCCGCUGGCCUGGCUGGAUUCAGGCGGUCCAGUCUGAAUAACAUCCCGUCGGAUGGUAAACGGUCUAGUGUGAGAAGCACUGGUUCGGAGGGCGGCACUUCCCAUAACUGCUCCAUAAACGCCGUCGAUUUUAAGACCUUCAAAGUCACCUGGAACGAGGAAGUGCAUAAAAACCGAGAAAAAUGGAAAGCACAAGCUGCCAAAGAUCUAGAAGAGAAGGCCAAACAGGAAGAGAUCGAGGAGAAAGAGAAGAAAACGGACACAGACACACACAGCAGUGACAGCAAAGAUGAUAAUACUAAAACAGAAGACAAAAUCAACACAGACUCAAGUGUGAAAUCUCAAGACAAACAGAAGGAAGACACAAGGCAAGAGAAGUUUGCAAAGACAGAUCGAGAAGACUCGAGUAAAGCUACAGUUGAUAACAAGGAACCCAGAGAGGAAGAGGGCAAUAAAGACCCAGGGGGGGUGAAUGGGGCUCAAACACCAGCGUCUGAUGCCAAAGAGCCCGAGACCAGCAGUGACACGGACAACAGUCUGCGAGCACACAAUGGAAACGAGGAACUGAACUCACCUGACAGUGACGACAGUGAAAGCAAGAGAUCAGACGCUCCGACCCGCCGCAAAUACCACCUGGUCAGAUACAGUAAAAAACCCAGUUACUGUGCCAACUCCUACUUGCCCUCCCGCCCGCAGAAAGAGGACACCAAACCCACAGACCCCCGUAGCAAGGCCAGACAUCUCCAGAGCAUCUCUCUGAGACGGGGGAGGUGACCCCAUCUACAGCACUGCACACACUCGAGUCUGCUUCACACACAGCAAUACGUCUGUUCUGCAGUGAUGUUGUAGCUGAGUGAUGCUAUUUCAGUUCAACCCAAAAUCAAGGGGAAAAAAUUAUAUUUUUCAUAAAGACAAUACAAUAAGGUUGUUUACAUUGUGACAUUAUUUCUAUAAAAAAUUAAGCAGUUCCCUAAAGAUUCGUAUUACUGUAGUGUAUCUGGAUGUUUUACCUAUAAGUUUUUUUUAAUCAAAUGAUUAUUUAUAAUUGUAUAUGUAUAUACUAUAUUCUAAUGUUCAUAGAUCAUAUUACAUUAAUUAAUAACUAUAUAUAUAUAUAUAUAUACAGUACAGUCCAAAAG